UUUACAAGCCCAUUUGGUCAAUACUGGGCUAGCCGUUGUUGGCCCGACCGCCGGAGGCUCACUCGCAGCGGUCGAUCAUGGCGGGGAGGGAGAAGAGGCGGCGGGUGGCGGCGCUCGACGGCGAAGAGCGGCGGCGGCGGCAGGAGGAAGCGGCGACCCUCCUCCACAGGAUCAGAGGGUUGGUGCGCUGGGUCGUCGCCGAGGUCGCCGCCGGCCGCUCCCCGACCGUCGCGCUCCACCGCUACCAGAACUACUGCUCCUCCGCCUCCGCCGCCGCCGCGUCCCCAUGCGCCUGCAGCUACGACGUCCCCGUGGGCACAGAUGUACUCUCGCUCCUCCACCGGGGCUCCCACGCCUCCCGGCUCAAUGUGCUCCUCAGGGUUCUUCUCGUCGUGCAGCAACUCCUGCAGCAGAACAAGCACUGCUCCAAGAGGGACAUCUACUACAUGUACCCCUCCAUAUUCCAAGAACAAGCGGUUGUUGACCGUGCAAUCAAUGAUAUAUGCGUACUCUUCAAGUGCAGCCGGCACAAUCUCAAUGUGGUUCCUGUGGCAAAAGGCUUGGUGAUGGGCUGGAUUAGAUUUUUAGAGGGAGAAAAGGAAGUCUAUUGUGUAACGAAUGUCAAUGCUGCCUUCUCUAUCCCAGUUAGCAUCGAAGCAAUAAAAGAUGUUGUUAGUGUUGCGGACUACAUACUUAUUGUCGAGAAGGAGACAGUGUUUCAACGUUUGGCUAAUGACAAGUUCUGUGAAAGGAAUCGCUGCAUUGUGAUUACAGGAAGAGGCUACCCAGAUAUUCCAACAAGAAGAUUCUUGCGCUACCUUGUUGAACAGCUGCAUUUGCCAGUUUACUGUUUGGUGGAUGCAGACCCUUAUGGUUUCGACAUUCUGGCUACCUACAAAUUUGGUUCACUGCAAUUGGCAUACGAUGCAAAUUUCCUGCGUGUGCCUGAUAUUCGGUGGCUUGGGGUCUUCACAUCUGAUUUUGAGGAUUAUCGCCUUCCAGACUGCUGCCUACUUCACUUGUCGUCUGAAGACAGAAGGAAAGCUGAAGGAAUUCUCUCAAGGUGUUACUUGCACAGGGAAGCCCCACAAUGGAGGUUGGAGUUAGAAGCCAUGUUGCAAAAGGGUGUCAAAUUUGAGAUUGAGGCGUUAUCUGCAUGUUCCAUUUCCUUUUUAUCAGAAGAGUACAUUCCCAAGAAGAUCAAACAAGGAAGACAUAUAUAAGAUUGGUUGUACCUGUAUCUAUCCAGAAAUUUUCAUGUGGCAAAAGUCUUAUUUUGUUUUUGUCAUGCUAACUGUAGUCACAUGUAUGGCACUCUGGUAGUUUAACCCCCAGCAAGUAUUUUGUAGCAAUUGUUUAUAUAUGACGGUGAUUUGGUGCUGUCUCAAGAACUGAAAACCACAAAUUUACAGCAACUGAAAUUUUACUAUUA